GAACAUCGUGAAGUAUGACCUUUGCUUCAAGCGCCCUGCGCCACUGGGCCAGACGGCAUUCUUCUUGUCGCAAUCAGGCGCAACAACAGAAUGGCUGCUUGAACAAGACGAGGAAGCCUUCGAGCAGAUCAAUGCCUUUGAGGAUCAUCGGCAGACGCCGCUGUUCUUCGCCGUGGAGAGAGACGACACGGCACUGGCUGAGGUGCUCCUGAAGAACGGAGCA